GCAGCUGCAGUUUCGUUUUCACAUGACUUCAGAACCACUUUUCUUUGUUAUAUUUGGCAUUAUUUUUGUUUACUAAUAGAUGGACAGCACGGUUGUUAUAUUCUCUGAUCAACAAUUACGGCAAUAUUUGGGCUUCCUCAGUAAGUGUAUGACUGGGAUUUUAGUUCAAAGGAUGUCCAACUGCUUGUACCGAUCCCGCACAAUCACGGCAUAUGAAUCGCAGGUUAUCACAUCGCAGGCCACGGACAUGCAGAAAGCCUCCAAGAUGAUGCAGAUUGUCAUUAAAAAAGGUCAACAUGCAUGCAGCUCGUUCCUCAGAUGCCUCGGAAUUUAUGACCCGGCUUUGUAUGAGAAUGUUACAGGAUAUCCAGCACAAUUUGGUCAUGAGGACCAUCAACAGAUGGAGGAAAUUCCUUUCUCAGAAAAAAUGCAAUUUACACCUUGUAUUAUAAACAUACAAAACUCUUCCCUGACCAACUGCAUUAUUGGGAACCACAAUAGCCAAUGCAUUACCUGUGACCAGCAAUCUUUGCUUGCUCGGAAUGAUGCAAUCAAAGUGGAUGAAAUGGCUGCCACUCAGAGCAAUGAUGAACUGAUCCCAGAGCGGGAAACAAUAAGUGGCAACAGCAUUCACAUGGAGAGAUCCAACAUAGAGUAUGUUAUUUUAGGGGAUCACAACAGUAUGACAGUCACUGAGUGUUUGAACUCGGAGGUUGAGGAGGAUACAGAGCCUGAGCCUGAUGUGAUCGGUUAAAAGAUGUGAAAUAGUGGGCAAGAGGGAAGAUCCAGUUACUGUGUUGUGAUCUGGGGGGAGGGGGGCACAGUGAUCAAGAUGGCUGGCCCAGGCCCCCUCGUGCUGCAGUCGCUGGCAGUUUGUCAACUCAGG